AUGGAGAUAGCCUUGGUGAGCUUUGAGAACGGCGGCGCUAAAGGCAGCGGUGGCGGCGGCGGUGGGGGCAACAAUGCCGAGGAGAGCUGCCGGAACGCGCUGGAUGUCCCUCAGCCGGGCUUCGUUCAAACUGGACUUGGAGAGGACUACGGAAAAGAGCUGAACACCCGGGGGAGUCCUCAGCAGCAUCAUCACCAUCAUCAUCAGCAGAGCCCCUGGAAAAUCAACGACAUGAACAACACUUUCAGCUGCAGCGAGAACGCCAUGGAUGCGCUUUUACGCGCGGACCACAGUCCCCAUCUGUUCGACGAGGACAUGCUGGACAUGGACAUGGACACGGAGAGCAACGAGAGGGUACUCAUCAACAUCGCCGGGCUCAGGUACGAGACCCAGCUGGGCACCCUGAACCAGUUCCCUGAUACUUUACUGGGAGACCCCGCUAAGAGGAUAAAGUACUUCGACCCGCUCCGGAACGAGUACUUUUUCGACCGCAACAGACCGAGUUUUGACGGGAUUUUGUAUUUUUAUCAGUCAGGAGGGAAGAUCCGGAGACCUGUCAAUGUGUCAAUCGAUGUGUUCGCGGAUGAGAUCAGGUUCUAUCAGCUGGGGGAGGAGGCCAUGGAGCGGUUCCGUGAGGACGAGGGUUUCAUCAAAGAGGAGGAAAAGCCGCUGCCUCAGAACGAGUUUCAGAAGCAGGUCUGGCUCAUUUUCGAGUAUCCGGAGAGCUCCAGUCCGGCGCGGGGCAUCGCCAUCGUGUCCGUGAUCGUCAUCACCAUAUCCAUCAUCACCUUCUGCCUGGAGACGCUGCCAGAGUUCAGGGAUGAGAGGGAGCUGCCGGUCACCAGCCGGCUGGACAACAGCACCGCGCCCCGGCCGUCCCUCACCUUCACCGACCCCUUCUUCAUCAUAGAGACCACAUGCGUCAUUUGGUUCACUUUCGAGCUGUUCGUGCGCUUCUUCGCCUGCCCCAGCAAGUCCGAGUUCUCCAAGACCAUCAUGAACAUCAUCGACAUCAUGUCCAUCAUGCCUUACUUCAUCACAGUGGGCACGGAGCUGGCGGAGCAGCAGGGCCAGGAGCACCAGAACGGACAGCAGGCCAUGUCGCUGGCCAUCCUGAGGGUCAUCCGCCUGGUCCGGGUCUUCAGGAUCUUCAAGCUCUCCAGACACUCCAAGGGGCUCCAGAUCCUGGGGCAGACUCUUAAAGCCAGCAUGCGGGAGCUCGGCCUCCUUAUCUUCUUCCUCUUCAUCGGAGUCAUCCUCUUCUCCAGCGCCGUGUACUUUGCAGAGGCGGACGAGCCCGAGUCUCACUUCUCCAGCAUCCCUGAUGCCUUCUGGUGGGCCGUGGUCACCAUGACAACCGUCGGCUACGGCGACAUGAGGCCGGUGACGGUCGGGGGGAAGAUCGUGGGCUCUCUGUGCGCCAUCGCCGGCGUGCUGACCAUCGCGCUGCCGGUGCCCGUCAUCGUGUCAAAUUUCAACUACUUCUAUCACAGAGAGACGGACCAGGACCAGUCCUCCCUGAAGGACGAGCCGAACAGCGGCCGCGCGAGUCCCGAGCUGAAACGCAAAGGGAGCAAAUCAUCAGCCAAGUCUCAGGACGUGGAGAACAACGACGCGAGCGCUUCGGUGGAGAAGGCGAACAUCAAAGCGAACAGCAGCACGGACUUCAAGAGAUCCCUUUACGCUUUCUGCCUGGACACACGGGAGACAGACCUGUAG